AUGGGAGUGCAAUACCUAUCGUGGAGCUAUGAUCAAAUGGGUGUUGUAGCAACAGUACUUUUAGCCGAGGAAACCAACAAUACGACAGCAUGGCAGCGCUGGCUACCAUCUGGACCGGUCGCAUUAUUACCGCUAGAUAACAAACGAAGUUCUUUAGUAUGGUCGACGUGGCAUGACCACGCAAAACAAUUGCUUAAACUUCCCGAGGAUCAGUUCGUGGACUCCCUGAAUGAUGCACUGUGGAACCAGUAUCCUCGCAGUACCGGUGUAGCGACUGCAACAUCAUGGAUGUCCUCCGCUCUCCGUCGAGUUGGUCUUCCGGAUGGUGUGGACCGGCAGCUUCCACCUUCCGUUCGGCACAUAGUUCCUAAAUCCCGCGCCGCCUUUCCACUCGGCUUUGGCCAUAGCACUCGAUACGUCGCUCCUGGAGUUGUGCUUGUUGGGGACGCAGCACAUCGUGUUCAUCCCCUGGCCGGCCAAGGAGUCAACCUUGGUUUUGGGGAUUUGAAGGAUCUCACCGAAUUACUCGCCGAAUCUGUAUACUCUGGUUUUGAAAUAACACAUCCCACUUGGAUGGAAAAAUACGAAAGUGCCAGACAAAGGCAUAACGUCCCGACUCAGCUUAUGAUCGAAGUGUUACAUCGCCUCUACACCGUUGACUUGUUGCCUGUUGUGCUGGCAAGAAGCUUAGGAUUACAGCUCACUAAUGCUUUGCAACCUUUGAAGAAACUAAUCAUUACGCAGGCGACAACAUAG